AUGGCGUGGGUGUAUGGCCAGGCAGGCAUAAACCAGCUGGGAGGCGUGUUCGUCAACGGGCGCCCGUUACCCGAUUGCGUGCGACGAAGGAUCGUCGAGCUGGCGCUGAUGGGCGUCAGGCCGUGCGACAUCUCGCGGCAACUGCUCGUGUCGCACGGGUGCGUAUCGAAGAUACUGACCAGGUUCUACGAGACUGGGUCUAUCAGGCCGGGAUCCAUCGGUGGAAGCAAAACUAAGCAAGUCGCAACACCAACUGUGGUAAAGAAAAUCGUCCGAUUCAAGCAGGAUAAUCCCAGCAUGUUUGCCUGGGAAAUUCGGGAUCAGCUUCUGGCACAAAGGGUUUGUGAUCCUCAUUCAAUUCCUUCUGUCAGUUCGGUUAACCGAAUUCUGAGAAACAGUGGUUCUUGGAGUGAUCACGAUUUAGUGCUGUUGUCUUCACCUAGUGGACAAGAUGUUGGUAUGAAACGCCAAGAUUCUUCUAUCCCGAACAAGAAUUCACCUUUAUUACUCUACCAGCAAUCGCCACAAACACCCCUCGUAACAUUGGCCCCUUCACCCCAAUCCAAAACGAUUUUACAAGAACCUGGCCUGGGUUAG